AUGGGAAGAGUAGGAUUUUAGAUAUAUAUGCAGUUGUUUAGCAAGAAUAUAAAGAUGUAUAUUACUUUGACUUCCGUUGUUGUAAGUUCAUUUUCAGCCAGGAAAACCGUACGUAUUUGACACGAAUGGCAGUAUUACAUUUGGAAAGUACAAUGAUAAGAAAUGUGGUCGUUUUGACUAUUACAACACUAUCGACAACAAGUCUUGGAAGGUAAUGGCAGAGUAAGUAUUAAACUGUAAAGAGAAACGCUUUAGUUCUAGCGCUUCGUAGCUUCAUAUUUACUGGGUAUAAUAUUAAGUUGUUCAAUUAAUUCUGUGCUUCUUUUGAAAGUAAAUUUUUGGAGUUAAAGAGCACAGAAUUAUUUAAACAAUCUAAUAUUUUGAUACUCUGAAUGACAUCGCUUUGUUACUAUGUUUUGAACAAAGUCUUUGUAAAUUGACAUAUUGUUUUAGUGUUCAAAUAGGAAGACAGACAUUGAAAGAUCAAGUAGUGACAUUUACACCAGGGAAAGCGACAAAGAUACCACGCCAAAUUUAUGAAGAAUAUUUCGGACAUUUCAAUGACAAAACGGACAAAGAUAUACCAGAUAUAAAGAUGAUAACAAAGUCAAAUUCGUAUACGAUUACUAAAGAAGACUUUGUCUACUAUUUUGAUACUGUAAGAUAUAUACGAUUUAGUACUACUUUCUUUUAAAUUCACUUUUACUGGGUAUAAUAUUAGGUUAUUCAAAUAAUUCUGUGCUCCUCUCAAAGCAUACAUAUCUUUAGGAUUAGGGAGCACAGAAUGAUUUGAACGGUUUAAUACUUUGACACUUUGAGAAAUAUCGCUUUGUUAAUAUGGUUCUCUUAUAAAUGACAAUUUUAGUUGAAACGCUACAUACUUCACUUGGAUUACAAUAUAAAUAAGCCUGAUUAUGACUUUGCCUUUGGCAGCGACUUCCUCCAACAUUAUUGUAUAUCAAUCAGAGCUGACAACAGCUUCAAACAGUUGCAAAUUGGAAUUGCUGAGAACUUUGCUCUUAAAUAA